ACAACUCCCACAACAAUUUGUGUCGGUUUUUACGCAUCGGAUGGAUCCCGGAACAUUUGCCUAACAUCGGCAGAGUCGGAAUCGGGAAUGGCCGCCGGAUCAGAUCCGGUGUAAGGGGCGGGAAUGAAUCGACACAAGGAUAAAUGGUUAUAAACAAUUAUUUAUAUUCAAUGCUAGCUUUUGAUUGUGACUGACUCGCCGAGAGAGGGAGAGAGAGGGGGGGUAUCAUGGCCGCUCAGGUCGCCAGCGCCGCCACUCUCAACACUAGCCCGCCUUCCGAACUGAAAAAGCCGGAUCGAGACCCAAAGGAAGAAUCGGCGCCGGUGGAAAAACAGUCGGACAAAAAGCAAUCGGUAUUAGAGAGCGGAUCGCCGGGCCGGGGGGAUCUGCAGGACGGGGCCGAAGGUGGAAAUGCUGGGGGAGGAGGGGAACCUGAGAUGAAGAACGGGAAUGGGAACCCGCCCAGGGCUAAUAAUAAUCAGAAUGACUCCAUCGGACCGGAGGGAAAUAACCAUCCCGGCAUGGUACACCAUCACGGGUCCGCUUUUCCUCCACCUUCGUACGGAUACAGUCAGCACUACGGUCGGGCCCCUUUUCAUCAACAUGGCGGACAACAAAGCCCUGGCAUGGCAGCUGCUGCAGGUCCAGUCGUGCAGUCGAGCAACAUAAUGGACCCGUAUCAGCCCAACUCGCACGACCAUGGCUUUUCUAACCACCAGUUUAACAAUUACAGUCCAUUCCCCAACAGAACUCCCUAUCCCGGCCAGGGAUACGGCAUGAACUCCCCGCGCAAUACCCAGGCGCCGACAGCUGGGGGACAACAACCAGCUAAGCAACAACCAGCGGGAGGACCCACAGCAAUGGCUGGAUCUUACAAUAAUCAGAGAUAUAACAUGGGAAAUCCUCAACCUACAUCCACACCAACACUCAACAAGCUCCUGACAUCCCCCAGCUCUACGCGGGGAUACCCCAACUACCCGUCUAGCGAGUAUAGUAGUCAAGAAGGAGCUAGUAAGGGACCAACAGACAUGGGCAGUAGCGGUCAGUAUGGAGGGAGCAAUCCGGGUUGGCAACAAAGAGCCCAUCACCCGCCGCCCAUGAGCCCUGGAAGUGCAGGGCAGCCUCUAGGUAGAAACCAGCCAACUGGUCCCAUCGACCCAAUGGGGAAGAUGAGAGGCCAACCAUACGGAGCAGGCAGUCCAUACACCCAGCAGCCUCAGCAGGGGCCUCCCUCAGGUCCACAGCAGGGGCCUGGUUACCCUGGUCAGGGUUAUGGCCCUCCAGGUCCCCAGAGAUAUCCAAUGGGAAUUCAGGGACGAACCCCUGCAGGCAUGGGAGGAUUGCCCUAUGGGCCACAGAUGGGAUCCUAUGGACAACAGGGACCAGGAGGCUACGGGCCUCAGAGCCAGGCACCAUACUACAGCCAGCCGGGCCAACCUCCUCUCCCUAGUCAGCAGCAGACGCCCUACACCCAGCCACCAUCAGGCCAACAAGGUGGGCAGACACCUUACCCGGGGCAGCCCCACCCUCCCCAGACUUCUGCUUCACACAGCCAGGGUGCGCCCACCUAUCAGCAGUCCCACAUGCCCGCUCAGUCCCAGGGGCCGCUACCAGGCCCGUCCCAAGGGCCUCCGCAGUCCAGCCAGUCUCCUUACCCCCAGCAGCAGGGGCCUCCCAGCCAGCCUUCACAACAGUCAAGUUCUCAGCCUCCAGCUGGGACACAGCCCCAGCCCAGCUAUCCAGGGUCCACGCAGGGGCCCCAGCAGCCUCCCCCACAGCAGCAACAGACGCCUGCUCAGCCCCCACAGCAGCCACCCGGUCACAGCCAGCACCCGCAGGGGCAGCCCACAGCGUAUCCACAGAACCCUCCCCAGCAGCCUCAGCAAGCACAACAAUAUCAACGUUUUCCUCCUCCACCACAGCAGGAGGUAUCCCAGGACUCUUUUCAGUCCAGUGCCCCUCCACCCACUCAGCCCAAAACUGGCUCAGAGGAUACUCAAGGCCGGCCCUCCAGCCUUCCGGAUCUCUCAGGGUCCAUCGAUGACCUGCCUACGGGCACAGAAGGUGCCCUGAGUCCUGGUGUGAGCACUUCAGGUGUGUCAAGCAGCCAGGGCGAGCAGAGCAACCCGGCUCAGUCACCGUUCUCUCCUCACACUUCCCCCCACCUGCCAGGCAUCCGUGGGCCCUCGCCCUCCCCAGCAGGGUCCCCUGCUAGCACGGGCACACCACGCACAGGGCCACUUUCGCCCGCCAACAUGCCAGGGGCCCAGAUGCCCCCCAGGCCAUCGAGUGUGCAGUCAGAUGGGAGUCUACAUCCUUCUAUGAGUCAGUCUCCCAUGGCCCAGGACAGAGAGACUCAACAGUGGCUCCUCCUCUGUCCAAUGCCAGGGUUUAUGCAGAGAAACCCCCAGAUGCCCCCCUAUGGCUCCCCCCAGUCCGCCUCGGCACUGUCACCACGCCAGUCCUCAGGUGGACAGAUGCAUCCAGCACUGGGCCCCUACCAGCAGAACAACACUAUGGGUGGCUAUGGCCCUCAGGGAGGACAAUAUGGCCCCCAAGGUUACCCUCGGCAACCUGGCUACGGCAAUAUACCUAACGCCAACUACCCCGGGCCUGGCAUGGGCCCAAUGAACCCCAUGGCUGGUCAGAGUGGGGGGCCACCGUAUGCAGGCAUGCCUCCUAGCAGGAUGCCUCACGGUCAAAUGGGGGCGCGUCCCUAUGGUCCCAAUAUGGGUCCCAAUAUGGGCCCCAACAUGCCUCCUAACAUGGGCAACAUGCCACCUCAGGUGGGCUCAGGGAUGUGCCCUCCCCCAGGCCUAAACAGAAAGGCCCCAGAUGCAGCAGCCAUGCAGCAUGUUGCCACCAACUCCAUGCAUAACAGGAUGCCAGGUUACCCCAACAUGUCUUCAGGAAUGAUGGGCUCCGGUCCCCCCUAUGGCCCUCCCAUGAACAACAUGCCUGCUAUGAUGAAUACACAAAGUGGUUCGCCUUACCCAAUGGGGCCAAACAUGGCCAACAACUCGAGUGGCAUGGCCCCGAGUCCAGAAAUGAACAAUAAGAUGAAUAACAAAGUAGAUGGCAGCGGGACACCCAAACCAGAGCCCAAAUCCAAGAAGUCCAACUCUUCCACAACGACCAAUGAAAAGAUAACACGUUUGUAUGAGCUGGGACCGGAGCCUGAGAGGAAGAUGUGGGUGGACCGCUACUUGGCCUUCAUUGAAGAGAAAGCCAUGGGCAUGAACAAUUUGCCAGCUGUAGGCCGCAAGCCCCUCGACCUCUUCCGACUUUAUACGUCAGUUAAAGAGAUAGGAGGCAUGACACAGGUGAAUAAGAACAAGAAAUGGCGUGAGCUGGCUACUUCCUUGAAUGUGGGAACAUCCAGCAGUGCAGCCAGCUCCCUGAAGAAACAGUACAUCCAGUGUCUUUACGCCUUUGAGUGCAAGAUCGAACGUGGAGAGGAUCCUCCUCCUGAGAUUUUCACAGAGAGCAAGAAGAACCAGACUCCUAAGGUCCAGCCUCCCUCCCCAGCGUCCCUCUGCUCCACAGCUGGGUCAGGCUCUCUGCAAGGACCUCAGACACCCCAGUCCACCAGCAGCUCCAUGGCCGAGGGGGGUGAACUAAAACCUCCUACCCCGGCUUCAACGCCUCACUCCCAGAUGCCACCAAUGCCACCUGGGGCCAGGAGCAGUGUUAACUUGCAGGACCCUUUCUCUGAAGGGAGCGAUCCUGCCUUCCCAAGGAGGAACAUGACUCCCAACUCAGCCUAUCAGCCUGGCAUGAACACGCAAGAGAUGCAGGGGCGCAUGGGCCCAUUUGAGCCCAACAAGGAUCCCUUUGGUGCCAUGCGAAAAGUUGGGGAACAGUUUCUGCCUACUAAUCAGGGCCCUAACAGUGGGGUGGCUGAGCAACCUUCGCAGCAGCAGCAGCAGCAGCAGCAGCAGCAGCAGCAGCAACAACAACAACAACAACAACAACAACAACAACAACAACAGCAGCAGCAGCAGCCAUUUAACAGAGGGCCACCUGGGGCAAUGGGGAACAUGCCUAUGGGGCCUAGACAGCAGUAUCCGUAUGGACCAGGCUUUGAAAGGAGAUCAGAGCAAGGAAUGGGCCCAGAGGGUAACAUGGGAUCUGGUGGUCCUCAGCCAAACCCUAUGAUGCCUGCCAACGCCGACACGGGGAUGUAUUCGCCAAAUCGCUUCCCACCACAGCAGCCACGGCAUGAUUCCUAUGGUAAUCAGUUUCCUGGCCAGGGAACUCCCCCUAGUGGUUCUUACCCAAAUCAGCAGCCCGGAAUGUACCCUCAGCAACAGCAGAAUUACAAACGUCCUGUAGAAGGUGGUUACCCACCAGCAAAGCGCCAUGAAGGGGACUACAGUGGGCCCUUUCCUAGUGGCCAACAGCCGCCGCAACAGCAAGGAGGCUCCCCUGCGCCCUCUUCAGGACAGCCAGAAUCGUACAAUCAGUACAGCAGUGGUGGCCCUUUCUCUGGCCCUGAUCGCCGUCCACCUGGCCCUGGCAAUCAGUUUUCCUACCCCUUCGGUAGGGAGCGGAUGCAGGGGGCAACAGGACCUAAUGCUCAACCCAACAUGCCCCCUCAGAUAAUGCAGCCCGGCCCUGAUGGUCCCCAAGGAGGCAUGUGGCAAGGACGGGGGGACAUGAACUAUCAGAAUCACCCCAACCGGCAGGGUGGCCCUGGGGGCUCUGCCCAGGGCCCGAGUUUCCCUGGCAUGAACCGCUCUGAGGAAAUGAUGUCAUCGGAGCAGCGCAUGAACCAUGAUGGCCAGUGGGGGGGUCAGAUUGGCCCAAGGCAACCCCCGUAUGGUCCCGGCGGAGCAGGUCAGCCCCUUUCCCGCCCUGUGCAGUCCAACUACCAGUCCCCCCAGGGCGUGCAAAACCACAUUCCGCAGGUGUCGAGUCCAGCCACCAUGCCUCGCCCCAUGGAGAGCAGGACGUCCCCUAGUAAACCUCCCUACAUGCACGGAGGAAUUAAGAUGCAGAAGGCUGGCCCUCCAGUGCCUGCGUCUCACAUAGUGCCCCCCUCGGUGCAGUCGCCUCUGAUACGGCGGGACAUGCCUUUUCCCCCUGGCUCUGUGGAGGCCACCCUUCCUGUCCUAAAGCCACGUCGCCGGCUCACCAUGAAAGAUAUUGGAACCCCAGAGGCCUGGAGAGUCAUGAUGUCCCUAAAGUCUGGUCUAUUGGCUGAGAGCACAUGGGCUUUGGACACCAUCAACAUCCUCCUGUAUGAUGAUGGCAGUAUUUCCACCUUCAAUCUCAGCACUUUGCCUGGCCUACUAGAGUUGGUGGUUGAGUAUUUCAGACGCUGCCUCAUCGAGAUCUUUGACAUUCUGCGGGAGUAUGAAGUAGGAGACCCAGGCCAGAAGACACUACUGGAUCCAGAUGCCCUUAACCGAGACUGGGACAGCUCAGAAGAAGAGGAAUUGCGGGUUGAGGACAUGGAGCAGGAGGAGGAGGGUGAAGAUGAGGAAGAAGAAGAAGGAAUGUCAGAUGGCCAGGCUCAUGUGAAGGUUGAGGAGGAGCUGGAGCAGUGCUCAGGGUCUUGUAAAGAUGAGAAGGCUGAGGAUGAGGAGAGAAAGGGGAAGGGGUCUCCAUCUGAACAGCCAAUGUCAUCGCAGCCUUUACCAACCCAGGAGAGACCCAAACAGGCCAGCAAGUUUGACAAGCGUCCGCUCAAGGUGGUACGGAGGAAAGACCCCUUUGUUGCUGGCCGCUCCAGCAACCACAACAAAGUACAAGAGUUUGUUAGUGGGCUACUCCACUGGAGCGCUGGUGGCGGUGACUCAACAGAACACAUCCAGACCCAUUUUGAACCGCGCCAAGACUUCCUGGAACCACGGGAACGAGUGCCAGUACCCUCCAUCAUCCUUAAGAGAAAAAUCCCAGAUCAGGUCAUCAGAGAUAUUGCUUGUCCAGUAGAGGAGGAGGAAGGGAAGCUUCAGGAUGAAGAAAAGAGGCCAAAACAGACAUCUUCCUCAGAGAAGAAGUCAACAUCUGAAAGGGCCAGCCCUUCAGUCAGCAGUGAGGAGAAGAAAACUGAUGCUGAGACAAAGAUGCUUGAGUUUGAGGGAUUGAGGUGUCACCAGGAGAACAACAGACCCCUCUCUUCCUUUGGUAGUGGUUCACCCCAGCAGAUCCAGAGCACUGCCACCAUCCUAGAGGAUGAGCCUCACAGUAAAGAUGAGGGACCCCUCGUCACGCUAGCCAACUGGCAGGACUCUCUAGCCCGCCGCUGCAUCUGUAUCUCCAACAUUGUCCGCAGCCUCUCCUUUGUCCCCGGCAAUGACCACGAGAUGUCUAAGCAUCCUGGGCUGCUGCUUCUACUCGGACGCCUGAUCCUGCUCCAUCACAGGCACCCCGAGCGUAAACAGGCUCCCCUUACCUAUGAGAAAGACGAGGAGUCGGACGAGGGAGUGGGUCAGAGGGAUGAGUGGUGGUGGGACUGCUUAGAGCUCCUGAGGGAGAACACGCUGGUCACUUUGGCUAACAUCUCAGGCCAGCUGGACCUCUCCAUCUAUCCGGAAAGCAUCUGUCUGCCACUACUGGACGGCCUGCUCCACUGGGCUGUCUGCCCCUCAGCUGAAGCACAGGACCCCUUCCCCACUCUAGGUCCCCACAGUGCUUUGUCACCUCAGAGACUGGUCCUUGAGACGCUCAGCAAGCUGAGCAUCCAAGAUAACAACGUGGACCUAAUCCUGGCCACUCCUCCAUUCAGCCGACUAGAGAAGCUGUAUGGGACCCUGGUGCGGUUGAUCGGGGACAGGAAGGUUGCAGUCUGCAGGGAGAUGGCUGUGGUCCUACUGGCCAACCUGGCCCAGGGUGAUAGCCUGGCAGCUCGCGCUAUCGCCGUCCAGAAGGGCAGUGUGGGCAACUUGCUGGGCUUCCUGGAGGACAGCCUGGCAGCCACACAGCUCCAGCAGAGCCAGAGCUCUUUGUUACACCUACAGGGGAUGCACUUCGAGCCCACAAGCCCGGACAUGAUGCGGCGAGCAGCCCGGGCUUUACACGCCUUAGCCAAGGUGGAGGAGAACCACUCAGAGUUCACACUGUAUGAGUCUCGACUCCUCGACCUGUCGGUGUCUCCCCUAAUGAACUCAUUGGUGUCUCAUGUCAUCUGUGAUGUACUCUUUCUGAUUGGCCAGUCAUGACAGCUGUAGGGAGCUGUGGCUCCACCUACUCUGGGUUUUAUCCCUGCCCCCUUUCCCUUGGUUACCUGGCUUGUCUGUGUAGAGGGGUAGGGAAAGCUCAAGUGACUUUUUAAUUUAUGCAAACCCUUCAGAUUCCAUUCUCUGAGCCUUCCCCAGGCCGUCCUCGCUCAAGGAGGGAUAUCACAGAGCCGCGGUGGAUUACAAACCAGAGAGAUGCCCACAAAGUGACACUACUCGCAACGCGAAUGCCAACUUGAUGACAGAACAGAACACCAAGGUUGGGAGAUUGUUCUGCACUUAGGGGGGGGAGGGAGUACUUUUUAAUAAAGAUAAAUAAAUGAAUAAAUAGCUGAAAAACAAAAAACUGUAACCAAAGUUGCUGUCUCGUUUACAGUGAGUUUGGGAGACUAAGUGUGCCCUAGCUCUCCCCUUGUGGGCACUAUGAGUCUGUAACUGGUUGAUGUUCUGAGGUGAAGCAGACUGACAAGUGGCCUACUGGUUGUAGUUGCUGUAUUUGGAUUCUCACCAGUCAGCCCGACAGUGGACAACCCGCUGUCAAUAGAUUCCUUCACCAGGAAGGCCUGUGCAGUGUGCAGUAGAUUGUAGGACAUUUUCUGUACCGUACUGCUCUUGAGUGUAAGCAUUCUGUAACACACGUUUCACACAACACAGAAGCUGACAAUGCAGCUCUUCUAGAGUUCUGAGGUCAUUUUAGUUUGAUGUUUAAAGAGAAAAUGGCUUUCUUCCCCAAAGUAUGGAGAACCUACAACACCCUUACCUCCUCUCUUUAUCCCUUGAUUGUAUGAAUACCCUUAUGAAAAGAAAUCACCUCUUAGGACUGGUUUUAAACUUCAAAUACAGCUUUGCUGUGGUGUAUAUAUGAUGUUGUACAUUACACUUCCUUUCUCUGUCCGUCUUUCUGUCUGUGUCACUAUUCUCACACGUUACUGGGGAGCAAAGGAAGCUGACAAGUCUGUUGGCUUGCUAACCUCCACUCCCUGCUGAUGGACCCUUUCCUCCGGUCUCUCCACAGCUCAGUAUAGUUUGGCAGACACAGCUCAAACCUGUUAUCUCCUGGUACAACAAAUAAACUCUAGAUGAAGUACACAUUUGACAAAUUUUCUCGAGUAAUAUGGGUUCUGCAUAUUUGUAUUUCAGACUAUGUAGCUAAGACAUCAUGUAAAUUCCUCUCCUUUUUUGGCUCAAUGAAUAUCAUUUAUUCAGUAUGAAAUCUUUAUACUAUAUGUUCCACGUGGUAAGA